ACCCAAGGUCAUAGGGACCCCCAAGGUCACCUAUCAAAUGAAACAGGCCAUUGUGGAGAUGCAAGUUGAAGCUGCUGAACAGGAGCCCACACUGGUGUGGCGAAAAGAUGGCAGAACUGUCACUCUGGACACCCGUUUCAAGCAGUCCAUUCGCACUGAAGGCAGUAGAGUGAUUAUCACGCUCUCUGUUGACUCCGUGACUGAGGCUGACAAUGGAACAUACGAAUGCGAAUUAACAAAUUCCUAUGGUUCCACAAAGGCUCAAUUCGUCAUCAAAGUUGCGAAGGAGGAAAAUGAAUUACCAAAAUUGGUUUCAAAACCUUCAGAUGUGUCUGAAGAGGAAGGUUCCACUUUGUCCAUGCGAAUGAAUUAUAGGGGAUCAACAGCUCCCACAGUAAAGAUUUUGCGCCGUGGAGUUGACGUGACACUGGACUCCCGAGCCCUUGUCAAAGUCGAUCAUCAAAAUAAAUCCAUCAGUCUUACCAUUCGUAGUCUGAAACCUGAAGAUGGUGGCACUUAUACCGUCCAGCUGUCGUCUCGAGGACAACAGUGCGACAGUGCAACUUUCAAUGUGACUGUCCAAGAGCAAAUGCAAAAUACAGGAGCAAACGACGCGACCCCCGAGCUCUUAACCACACCGAGGCCUGGCAGUCGGCGACCCUCCGAUCAGGGUCGAGGCACAUCACCCAAGCCAAGUCUUCUCGAUCCAAAGUUGUUGGAACAACAACUACAAGCACGACGUGACUCUGCUAGCAGUCGACGCACCUCUUUGGCCGAGGCCAUUCCCGGCUUCCCGAUGCUCAAACAUCGGGAAGCUCCCAAAGUAGAAAAAGAAAAGUUUCUCGACGACUUGAAGGAUGUAAAAGCAAAGGAAGGUCAACCUAAAGCCACACUGAAGUGCACCUUCGUCAAGGCGAAUGCCCGCUUCCGGUGGUAUAAAAAUAAGUUGGAAAUUUUUCAGGGUCCCAAAUACAACUUCUUACAGGAAGGCAAUGAGUACAUACUGGAGAUCAAAAACAUUGCCAUGGAGGAUGCAGCUAAGUAUGCAUGCAAAUGCAACGACAUUACAACUGUCGCUCAGCUUUAUGUGGAGGAGAGGAAGUACAACUACUAUUUCAAUCAAAAGUUGCCAAAAACCGCAGAAGUGGUUCGGGGCAAAGACCUCACCCUCGAGUGCUCUGUCUCCGAUCCCCGUGCACCCGUCUCAUGGUAUCACAAGGGCAACAAAUUGGAGUAUGUUGCUGGAAAGAUUGAACUAAAGCGACGGGAGAAUCGAUGCAUCUUGAAGAUAUGCCGAGCCAAACCGGAAGCCGAGGGCGAAUACUGUUGUAUGGUGGAAGGUGAUGAGACCUUCGUAGAUGUGGCUGUUGAAGAUCCCGAUUGGUUCUUCAAUCGCGAGCUCAAACAACAAAAUGCACUGGAGACCGAUCCAGUUGCUACUUUCGAAUGUGAGGUGUCGGAUCGCGACGCUGAACCAAUCGUUGCUGGCGACAAAUAUGAGAUUGUUUCGGAGUCUCGACUCAAACGAAUCCUCAGAAUUAAGAACAUUGUCAUGGACGACGAUGCCACAUACACUUGUAAAGUUGCCAAGAAAACUACCUCAGCGCGACUGGUUGUAAAGCCGGACGUGGAGUUCAAGCAGAACCUCAUCGACACAAAUGGAAUUGAGACCAAGAGUAAGGAGUUGGUCUGUAGAGCCUACAAUCCAAAGAAAUAUCCAGUCAAAUGGUAUAAAGAUGGUGUGGAGAUCAAUUUCAAUGACAGAAUUUCGACCAAAGAAGCCGAGGGGUCGCUAUUCCUCAUCAUCAAGUCUCUUGAGAUGGAAGAUGAGGGCGUUUACUCCUGUCGCAUCGGUAAUCAUCAGACUAAAGGUAGACUUGGGGUAACCGAGUGCGAGAAACCGCCAUCAGUUGAUCUCGCCAAUUUCGAUGACUACCUUAAACUGAAAAAGGGUGCCAACUUUGCCUCGGCUAUACCCUUUAAAGCACCACCAGCUAGGCGGGAUGAAGUGAUCAAAAGUUCUUUUCUUUUUUCAGGUUUUCCUGUACCUAAUAUGACAAUUUUGCGGAAUGGAGAGCCCCUGCCUGAGAAUGUGAACCUGAAGGCCGUUAUCAGAAACGGUAUGGUUAACAUGAAUUUGGACAAUGCUCAACGAGCAGACGCUGGCAACUACACACUUAAAUUGGCCAACGCUAUGGGUGAAGUGGAAGUGCCCUUCAAAAUCGAUGUCUACGAUCGUCCGAAGCCUCCCAAAGCGCCAUUGGACGUCUGUGAGUUGUGUGCAACGAAAUGCACCCUCAUGUGGGAUCCUCCUGAAGAUGAUGGUGGUCGUCCAAUAACUCACUAUGAAGUGGAGGUGAUGGACGUCACUGCGGGUGAGGACUGGAAGCCAUUGAAGAGCGUGAAGGAAUGUAAAUGCGACGUACCCUUGAAGGAGGGCAACAAAUACAAAUUUCGUGUUCGAGCCGUCAAUGAUCAAGGACCUUCGGAUUACCUGGAGACGGAAAAAGAAACUCUUGCGCGGGAUAUUUGUGAUCCACCAGAUCCGCCAGGAAAUUUGCAAGUUACUGAUUACGAUGAAAAACACGUUGAUUUGAAGUGGGUAAAACCACGCAAAGAGAACGGUGCACCGGUCAAAAAUUACAUCGUCGAGGGUCGGAAGCAUCCUGAGGGAUCAUGGCUGACGAUGAAGGAGACUUCAGAGACAAAGGCCUCUGUGCCAUGGAAAGAGGGGGAGACGUAUGAAUUCCGAGUUAUGGCUGUUAAUAAAGCAGGCAAAUCAGAACCGUGCACCGCCACUGCACCCAUGCUGGCUAAGCCUCGACUGUUGAAACCGUGGAUCGACAAAUCGAGAAUCCAAGUCACCAAACUGAAGGUUGGACAAACAUUUGAGUUGAAUCUGCGCUACAGAGCCGAACCCGAUCCCGAAGUCAAGUGGUUUGCGGGUGAAAAGCUCCUCGAAUCAGACACGGAGUAUCAGUUGAUUUUCAACCAUCGAGACACCUCAGUGAAGGUGACCAAUGCACAACGGAAGCACACACAGCUCUAUAAGUUGGUUGUCUCCAAUGAAGUCGGCUCUGAUGAGGCUACUCUUGAGGUGGUGGUGCUAGGCAAACCCAGUCGACCCUGUGGGCCCUUGGAGGUCACCGACAUCACUAAAAAUUCCUGCGUUCUGAAGUGGAAACCACCUUCUGACGAUGGUGGUGAACCCAUUCAUCAAGGUGCUAGUGAACCCCUGGAAGCCGAUAUGGAGAUUAUUGCAAAGAAUCCCUACGAUGAACCCGAAGCUCCAGGCAAACCGGAAAUUGUGGACCACGACAAGGACCGCAUUGAUCUUCGUUGGGAGCCACCGGCUUCAGAUGGAGGUGCUCCCAUCAUUGGCUACCAUGUGGAGCGGAAAGAGCCC